CAAAACUACAAUCACACUUCUCUCUUCCAUGUGCAUAAUUCAAUCAGCAGCUGAACAAACGCAUCACCAGCUCCCCUGUCUAAAACGAAGAACACGACAGAGAGAAUGGAAAAACCAGCCCAAAACACUGACGCCCAAAAUGGGCAAGUUCAAGAAGCAACCAAGGCUUCCAGCGACGGUUCUAUUUGUGGGUACGAUUCACUUCACCGCCUCCUCAGCGAAAAUCUCAAGCCCCACCUUUUGCAGGAAGUCAACCGUAUUCUUUUGGGUAUGAAUCGCGGUAAGGCACUUGAAACAAUUUCUCUCCCAGAAUCUGCUAAAGCACUCUCUUCAGGACAUAAUUUUGACCUCCAGGCCUUCUGCUUUCUUGCUGACACAGAGUUGUUGAGAGAACCUCGAAUAAUUAGGGUUGGUCUCAUUCAAAACUCUAUAGCUCUUCCAACUACUGCUCACUUUUUGGACCAGAAGAGGGCUGUUUUUGAGAAAUUAAGGCCAAUAAUUGAUGCUGCAGGUGCUGCAGGUGUCAAUGUAUUAUGCUUGCAGGAAGCAUGGACAAUGCCAUUUGCCUUUUGUACACGGGAGAAGAGGUGGUGUGAAUUUGCAGAGCCUGUAGAUGGGGAAUCAACUCGAUUCCUCCAGGACUUUGCACGAGUGUACAACAUGGUCAUUAUAAGUCCAAUUCUUGAGAGGGAUGUCAACCAUGGAGAGACUCUCUGGAACACUGCUGUCGUAAUUGGAAAUAAUGGGAACAUAAUUGGCAAGCAUCGAAAGAACCAUAUACCAAGAGUUGGUGACUUCAACGAGAGUACGUAUUAUAUGGAAGGAAAUACUGGACAUCCAGUCUUUGAGACAGCUUUUGGGAAAAUUGCUGUUAACAUAUGCUAUGGAAGGCACCAUCCUUUAAAUUGGUUAGCAUUUGGCUUGAAUGGUGCAGAGAUUGUUUUCAACCCUUCCGCCACUGUUGGUGAACUCAGCGAACCGAUGUGGCCCAUUGAGGCCCGUAAUGCUGCAAUUGCAAACAGUUACUUUGUUGGGUCAAUCAACCGUGUAGGGACUGAGGUUUUCCCAAAUCCAUUCACUUCCGGUGAUGGAAAGCCGGAACAUGCAGAUUUCGGGCAUUUCUACGGAUCCAGCCAUUUUUCAGCCCCAGAUGCCUCGUGCACUCCUUCUCUAUCACGCCAUAGGGAUGGGUUGUUGAUCUCAGACAUGGACCUCAACCUAUGUAGGCAGAUAAAAGACAAGUGGGGAUUCCGAAUGACUGCUCGUUAUGAGCUGUAUGCUGACUUGCUUGCUCAGUAUUUGAAGCCGGAUUUUGAGCCCCAAGUCAUUUCUGAUCCCUUGUUACACAAGAAGUCUCCCUAAGUUCUUUAGUUUCUACUUGGUCUGCAGUCUGAACAUGUAGUUAAAAAAGUAAAUUUGUGUGCAUCAAUUUCUUAGCCGUUGAAAAAUAAGCAUUGGCUAUCUGUAGAUAUUUCCCAUAAAGUAUCUGUAGUUAUUUCCCAUAAAGUGACCAUUUCGCCAUUGUUUUUUAAUAUCAAUUUCUUAUAAAUUUAAACCAAAAAA